AUGUCAAAACUCAAAAGGACCUCCGACGUCCUAAAAUGGCUCAACUCCGGCAAACAAAACGAGCCCUUUCCGGCCCGCCGGGCCAAAGCCGUGAUUCGAGCCGAUCGCGAGACACGCGAACUGAUCAUCGACCUAGUCGCCGGUUCAAUCCUCUCGGACAAAGCCCACGAAGGCCACGGCUACCCGCCUUUCACCUUCGACGAGUUCUUGCAAGCCAGCAUGCUGCCAUUCACUAGCUCCAAGUUUCGAGACUCGAUUUCGAAAAGAGGGCUCAACCUGUCGGAGAUUACAUGCUUGCCCCUGAGCACGGGCUGGUACGGGGAGCCCGUAACGAGAAGGCUCGUUCGGGUGACCUGUUUCUACAGGGGAGGCACGUCCAACGUGUGGGCCCGGCCCGUCGAGGGCGUGGGCCUUCUUAUCGACCUCGAGGGACACGUGUCGGAGACGUUCGUGCCGUACAUGGACCCCACGCCCGAGUGGUACUACCGCACGUUUAUGGACGUGGGGGAGUUUGGGUUCGGGCGGUCGGCCAGUAGCCUCGUGCCACUUGUCGACUGCCCAUGCAACGCCGUGUACAUGGACGGGUACGUGGCAGGGGGGGACGGGCGGGCCCAGCUGAUAGAGCGCGCGAUUUGCCUGUUCGAGUCGUACGGUGGGAAUGUGGCCUGGAGGCACACAGAAAUUGGUGUGCCUGGGAAACUGAUUACAAAUGGAGAAGCAGAGAUUAAUCUGGUGGUGAGGAUGGUGGCAACAGUUGGGAACUAUGAUUACAUACUUGAUUGGGAGUUUAAGAAUAGUGGUUCUAUUAAAGUUGGGGUGAGUCUAACUGGAGUAUUAGAGAUGAAGGCCACAAACUACACAACCACUCAUCAAAUCACAACUAAUGACAUUUAUGGAACCUUAGUUGCACAAAACACAGUUGCAAACAACCAUGACCACUUCAUAACAUACUACCUUGACCUAGACAUUGAUGGUGUCAAAAAUUCACUUGUUAAGUCCAAACUCGAAACCGUUAGGACGAAAAUGCCCUCUCGAAGGAAAAGUUACUGGAAAGUUUCUACGGAGACGGUCCAAACGGAGAGCGACGCACGGGUUCGGGUCGGGUUGGAGCCUGUCACGCUGUCGAUCGUUAAUCCUAAUAAGAAAACGGGGAUUGGGAAUCCCUUGAGCUACGGGCUGAUCACGGGACAACCGGCUGUUACCCUUCUUACGAAGGACGAUUAUCCACAGAUUAGGGCGGCUUACACUAAGUACCAAGUUUGGGCGACUUGUUACAACAAGUCGGAGAGGUGGGCCGGAGGGUUUUACGCCGACCGGAGCCAAGGAGAUGAUGGUUUGGCCAUGUGGAGCAAAAGGAAUUUGCCAAUAGUGAAUAAAGACUUGGUACUGUGGUAUACAGUUGGUUUUCAUCACAGCCCAAGACAAGAAGAUUUUCCAGUCAUGCCCACUUUGUAUGAUGGCUUUCAGCUCAAUCCAGUCAACUUUUUUGAGAGAAAUCCUAUUUUGAGAUGA